AUGGCGUUUUCGAUGAGAGCUGGCACUCAGUGGUGUCACGAUUUUCCGAAGCUCGCACGUGAGUCUGGUUUCUACUUCAACGUUCAUAGAACUCCAGUGCGCAUCGAUUGGAAUCGUAUAAGUACGAUAGAUAUUGAGCGUUUAAUGAGAGAACGAGACUUUUUAACAAUUGACGAAAACGUCAACAACGUCGUGGAUUACUCGUUAGAGAGUGCCUAUGACAUCAAAAUUCUCGAUCCAAAUUUCGUAAAAAUAUUCAGACUCGCUCAGCUGUCGGUGGAGUACCUGCUGUAUUGCAGGCAGUACCUGGACCAGAGUGUUAUCAUUCUAAAGGAUGACUUGAAACUGCGACUCGAGGAAAACCACAAACUCAAGAGAGAAUUGUCGACCGCGGAUGAGCAGAUCAAGGACUUGAAGGAGAAAUCCAGGGAGAAACACAAAUGGCUUGAGAAAAAGUUCAGUGAUUCGAGUGGUGAAAUCCACAAGUGCCCGCACUGCCCGAAGACCUUCAUAUCCUCCGUGUUCAUGACCUCCCACAUGACUCGUCGUCACUCGACUCAAUCUCUCCCCACACCGUCCCCCGUCCACGAAGAAUAUCGCGCUGAGGCCGAAAAGCUCCACAACGAGAUAAAAACCCUGAAAGAACGCCUGAACGAAACCGAGAGGAUAAUCCGCAGUGAAUCAGGAAAGCUCCACGAGUCAAUCUCCAACACGAGAGUCCUCCACUCCCGAAAAAUCGAGUCCAACGAUCGGCAAAAAAUCGAGGAAGAGUACGAGAAAUACCGCGAGGAGAUGAGCAAUCUCCGCAGCAUUUUAUUCAGUGAAGUGCGAAAUAUCGAGGGAACCGAGAGAAAACAUUGGGACAAGCACGACGAGAGGAAUGAGCUGGUGAAGCAGCUGGGAGAGGAGAUCCAAAGGCUUCGCGAUCAGCUGCAAACCCAAGCCUUUCAAAUUUCCGACUCUCAAUCGAAGCUCAACACCCAAGAGAAUCAGUAUUGGCAGUCGAAAAUUCAGGAACUGGAGAAGCAACAUCAGCUCGACAUCCAGAGGCUGAACCAACAGUUGAUCCUCAACCAGCAGACAACCGAGAAAAUGAGGAUGGAUUACACGAGUAAAAUCGUUCAACUCGAGGAGAAGUCCAGAAAUUAUGUGGACACUGUGGUCCAGAGGGAAUCGCAUGAGACGGGCAUCGUUCAAGCGAUCAGAGACGUUGACACUUCAGACACGGAAACAGAUGCAAAAGUCGAAGGCGAGGGCAAGCGAGGAGAGAUUGAAUCGAAGAAGAAAGAAGAAUUUCCAAUUCCCUCGGAAAUUUCGUCGGAAAAGAAGAGGCAAAAUUUUGCGGCCGAACCACGCAGAAUUGAAGUGAAGGAAGUCUACUCGGGGGAUAAAAAUCCGAAAGCGUUUGAGAGGAGAAAUUUCCUGGAGCAAAAUUUCCAAAAAUCGGUUGAUCGCUCGGGAAUUCAGAGUCGAAAUUUCGACGGAGAUCGAUUGGAUGAGGAGGAGACGUCAUUGGGGGGCGAGAACUCAGAGUCUGAAACAGUUUCAGAGUCUCAAAUCUCUCAGAGUGAGUCGGGGGAAGACGAAUCCGAUGGAUCUGGCGGCGUUGAGAAAGGAAAUGAAAAGAGCCCCGAAGAAACGAAAAUGGAGAUUCAAGGGGAUUUCGAUCAGCGCCUGAGGGGUCUCGGCGUCGAUCCAGAGUGGACGGGGAUUCCCCCCUCGACUUACCGACAGUUGCUCGCCACAAUGGCGCACCACCGAGCGCUGAGCGCCAAGAAGCAUCGGAAUUUCAAACAGAUGAGGCAACAAAUUUCGGAAAAACUGUCAAGUGCAGCUUCCAAAAGGCAGAUUCUCCCCAAGUCCUGUGAGACUUCAUCGACGAAGUCUCCGUUGAACAGACUGAUGAGUAACGUUACAAGCAAGGCGAUUAUGGGCCUCAAGGUCCUGAAGAAAGACAACAAGCCCAAGUUUUUGUUGCGAGAGAAGGCGAACAUCAUGAAAUUGCAGACUGACUUGCUGCCUAGAAAGUUGGAUGAAGUUGCGUUCCGGGAGAGGGGAGAUGCUGACAGAAAGGAAGAUUCCUCAAUGUUUUCACCGGUGAAGUUCAGCAGUCCUCGGUACGUCUCGAGUCCUCAGAGACAAGUGGACCCCUCGAGACAAUUAUUUCACUCGUACGAAAGCAUCGGAGAUUACGGUAAAGAUUCACUGGGUCGAUUCCAGGGGCAGACGAGUAAUCCAAUUCUAACGUCGACUCAUGUCAGCCAAGGUUCGCCGAAUAUCUCCGGCUCGCAGGGCAAAUUGGGUCAGAUCGCGAGUCUACCGGGUUCCCCGAAGAACAAUAAAAGUCUUCUGAAACCGAUGACAGGGUCCGUUGGCAGUCUCAUUAAGAAGAAAGUUUUGUUUGAUCUGGACAAUACUGAGGAGACGGAGAAUAAUUACUCCAAGAGCUCUCAAGUGUCUUCGAUCUUCGAAAAUAGCGACGAUGGGGUCUCGAGUAUUUCUGGGGAGCCAGUGGAUGAAACCCCUGGAGUUUCGAAAAUACAGCAGAGGGACAGGAGGAUCGAAGUGAAGUCGAGGCAACAGCCCGUCGGGGGUGUUAGUCUCUGCAACAAUGAAGUGUAUGAAGAGAUACUGGCGAAAUCAGCGGAGAAAAUGACGAUUCCUCCACAGCCGGCACCUAGGGCAUCCACUUCGGUUCAUUCAUCUCUUCUCUCGAAGAAUUUUUCUGGGAGUAAAGAGUCCAACCUGGAUUUUGAUAUUGAGGAGCUACUUCGCAUGGAUUAG